GAGUAAGCUAUCUGCUGGCAAUGUGACCUAAAUAGAUGCCAGACUCGCACCAACCAGAUUAACAGGAUUAGCUGUUAACCUCCCUUGGGGGAGGACCAGGAAAGAUUAGGAAGAAACCAGAAAUGUUCUCUUUAGUUUUUGGAGGGGAAUGGAAACUCUAUGAUCUAUGGCCAAGACAGAAAUGUAGAGAGAAGAAUUUGCCUUGCAUACUACUUCUCUAGGAGAAACCAUAGCAAGUAGCCCCAAGGUGAUUUGUGAUGGGCUUGGUCCUCGUGCUCCUGCCAACAUUCAAGUCUCUUUUGACAGUGGGGCUCUGAAGGCAUCUGUUUCAUGGACACCGACCGAAGGAGCCUUCAACUAUACUGUGAUGGCUUUGAGUGGUUCUUCUGAGCGGAGCUGCAGUACAACUUUCAGUUCCUGCAGCAUCUCUUCCCUCCAGUGUGGAACUGAGUACCUGAUUUCGGUUUUAGCAAGUAAUGAUGCUGGAUCUAGCAAGUCCUCUUCAGCAGGGACCCUGAAGACAGUGGCUUGUGCACCUGGAAGAGUGAUGAUCCAAGAAGAUCCCCCUGGCCAUCUGUCUGUGGCUUGGUCCAAUGUAGAUCUGGGUGAUUACUACGUGGCUUUUGUGAAGAGUGAUGAUGGCUGGGAAGUACACUGUAACACAUCCACCACCCAGUGCAGCUUCUUAUCUGAGUGUGGCUUCACUUACUUUAUUAGCGUUUUUGCCUAUAACAAGGCAGGGCAGAGUCCUUUGGGUGAUGUAUUCAAUUAUACAACAGCUCCCUGUUGUCCUAGUGACAUUAACCCAGUGCUGGUGUCCAGCGAGAGAGUAGAGAUGGUCUGGUCUCCUGUCCGUGGUGCCGAACUCUACGAAACCAAGGCUGUGGCUGGGUCCAACGUGGUAGAGUGCAACGACACCGCCCCUGCUUGCACUCUCUCAGCUCUGGAGUGUGACACCAAGUACAGCAUCACGGUAUAUUCCUUCAGUGAAGUCCGGGGCAUCAACAUGUCAUGCCGUUCACGCUUUAUCACCACAGGUCCUUGCAGUCCUGAAAUAAUAAAUAUUUCCAAGGAUGCCUUCUCCAUGAUUCAUGUGCACUGGCGAUCCACCAACAACGAUGCCACUUACACAGUGACUGCCCAGGGGGAGAAGGGACUGUAUCAAUGCAGCAGCACAGGAGAGUCCUGUACCCUGGGAGACCUGCCCUGUGGCUCAGUGUUCUCGGUCACUGCUGUGGCCGAAACACAGGCAGGAUGGAGUCUGCCCAGCUACAGCAUGCCCCUGGAAACAGUGCCAUGCUGUCCAACUGGCAUGACAGUAACUCAGGUCACCCAAUCAGUAAUCAAUGUGAGCUGGACUAUUGGGAUGGCAGCUCAAACCUACGUGACAGUUCUGGAAUCACACAUUGGACAGUCUAAGUGUCAUACCCAUCAAAGUCACUGCCUCCUGGGGUGUAUCACAUGUGGCAUCAACUACACAGUAGCAUUAAAAGCAAUUAGUGCCACUGGGUUGACUGCAGACUGCGCCUACCAAAGUUAUUCCUCUAAUGCCUGCUGCCCUUUGGGGGUGAAAUUAUAUAGGCUGGGGCCUAAUGGCAUCCGGAUCUACUGGCAAGCCUCCAGGGGUUCUGCCAACUACAGCACUGACCUCUAUGGCUCCAAAGGCAUUUUCACAUGCACCCCAAGUGCUGGCUUGAGUUUUUGUGAUGUUACUGAAAUACCCUGCGGGGAUGUAUAUACUGUGGUGGUCUCACCCGUUGCUGAAACAGGAUUGAAGCUUACUUUUUGCCCCAAAAAAAUAUAUUCAGUAACCUGCUCUGGAAGUACCCUUGGAAUGGUGAUUUACAGAGGGAAGAGGAAUGCAGAAUGAUACAGUAAGUCCCAGAUAAAAACAGAGACUUGACCAAAGUCGUUUCAACUGUUAGAGAUGGAAAAGAUCUAUUAGAAUAUUAAAUUCCUCUAGGAUAGAUAAAGCUCUUCUGGCCUUUACAAAAGUAACUCUGACUGCUUCUUGAGGGCAAGGUCAGGUGUGUCAUCACCUGCAGAGGAAUUCAAUGUCAGCUGUGGAGAGGACUCUGGAGAUAAGGAUCCAGAAAUUCCUCUGGAAGGCUGCCAGAGUGCACCAGAAGCAUAAAAGAGCCCUGGAAGCAUAAAAGCUCUAUUUAGCAGAAAUUCAGUGAUUUCCCAUCCAGACACACCAUAGAUUUCAAUAUGUCCACUUCAGUGUUUCAUCAACACCAGCACUUGCCAUGCAGCCCCCUAGCAAUUCAGGGGCUAGAAACAUUCACUUCCAGAGAAGUCAAGCCACCUACGUAAGGACAGCAUUCAUCCCAGAACAAACCUCCAUCAGGACUUCAGCUUAGGUUGGAUAGCAGCAGCUUUCAGGGCAAGCUGUGGUAACAAAUGCCCUUAUUGCAAGUUAGGAGAGAGGCUGAGCUGCUUACAGGGUUUGCUGAGCCAAACCGUCACAUGAUUUGACAUCUGUGGAAGCAUCUGGGAAAGCAGAGCUCCUGGGCUGUUGCAAGAAGGAUUUUGAUCAUGCUUUCUGAGUGAGCAAAGAUGUCAGAUGGAGCAGCAGCCAACGGCAGAGACUCAAACUGUGACAGAAUGACACCGACAUAUCUUUUCGGGGGAGUAACAUCAAUCCUGUUGGCUGUGUUCCCCACUCACAUUGUAACUGCUUUUUUUUUUCAUCUUUGGAGGAGAAAGUCUAUGGUAUAGAACAUAAAUCUCUUGUACCUAGAAAAAUGUUUGUCCUUUUAAUGUCUGUCACUUAAUUAAAAAACAGUGUGAGUAGAACUUGUAUAACACACAUAUGCACACAACUAAUGUUUACUCCCCAAAA